AUGAGUGCAAAACCAGGCAAAAAGUAUAUUGUUUUAUCACCUGAAACGUAUGAAAUGUUGAUUCAAAAUCAAAGAACAAAGUCAAAUAAAGCAAUACAAGAGGGUAUGGUUCUAAAUCCAUAUGAUAAUGACGAUGAUGGUGAUGUAUCGAGCAUAAGAAAGUUAAUGUUACCUCCAGAAAAAUUAGCUAUGCUUAAAGCUGAUCGAGAAAUGAAAGAUGUUUGGAAUCGACCUGAAUUGAGUGACGAUGAGAAAGUAAAGCAGUACACAAAAGAAAUGAACACUUUCAAAACAUUCCAUGAUACAUUAACAGCUCCUAGACCAAUGGAAGUAAAGUUCGAUGUGAACAACAACAGCAGCAAGAACAACAACAAAGACAACAAUACCGUUGAAAAGGAUAAAAAGUUACAUGUCGCCGCCACCGCCGCUGACGCCUCCGCCGCCAAAGCAUUACAGCCGCGGCCGCCACCAUCUACGGAGUAUGUUAUAAGCAAUUUACCCAAGAGUAUGAAAAAGACAGCAGGUUUGUUGGAGCAAUAUUUGAGACAGUACUCUGAUAGAGUAGCUUGGAAUGAGAGAGGUGAAUUGAUAUAUCGUGGCGACAUCAUUCGUGGUUCAAAUGUUAGCGAUUUAUUUCGAAAUAUACUCACAAAAACUGGUAAGCACGAUAAGUCAGGUACUUUGCCGACUUCAACAUUUACAAAGAUUUUAGCUGAAUUAAAUGUACCUGAAGAAUGGAUACGAAAUGAGAAACAAUUAAAUCUGUAUCAUGCUUAUCGUCAACGUGAUAGUCACAAGGAAAAAGAGGAAGAAGAAGAAGAAGAAGAAGAAGAAGUAGAAGGAGAGAAGAGACAAGACAGCAAAAAGAUGAAUCGUACAUAUUAUAGCAGUACAGCAUCCUAUGAAAGUCCAGUUGUGAAAAGAAAGAAAUCCAACAGCUUCAAUAAUAACAAUAAUAAGAAAAAAGUAAGCGAUGUGAAGUGGCUCUCUUCUACAAACAACCGUAGAUGA